UGGUCGUUAUAUCCAAAGUAUCUGAUGAUUCCAUUUCUAAAUUUUUUAAGAAAAGAAUCGACAAAAUCUAGAAGAAAACGAAGGUAGAGCUAACUAAGAAUGAAUCAAUUAGAAUACAUUCGAACUUCGAUCCCCAAUGAUGUAGCCCUCAAAAUUGCUUCUUCCCUCCAGGUAAAGGAUGUGUGUGCACUGGGUAGUUGUUCUCGGUUCUGGAGCGAGCUAUGCGGGUCGGAUUAUAUAUGGGAGUCGCUUAGCAGAGAAAGAUGGCCUUUUCUGGGUCUCCUGAAUGGAGAAUCUUCUUCAUCUCUUCAAAAUCAACACAGCAUUGUUAAGGGAUGGAAAAGCUUUUAUGUACAGAAGCACAAUGAGAUGGCUUUUAGAGCUGGGAACUUAAUCAAGUUUGUUGAACAAUGUAUGGUAUCAGAUUCACUUGCAGUUGGUGACUAUCUAAAAGCAAUUGAAGAGCUGAGCUCAAUGCAACUUGGUUAUAAAGAUGUAGAGAUCCUUCUGUUAAAGCCAAAUCUGAGUGUAUUCCUUAAUUUGAUUGGAUUGCACUACUGCAUUAAUUGGCUUGGAGUACCGGCUCAGUAUAUGGCAGAAUCUCUUCAGACUUGCAAGAUUUCCGAGCGCCAAGUGCACGUUAAGUGGUGGAAGCUUGGCAGAUGGUUCUAUGGCUUUCGUAUGCGGGACGAGUCCCAUUCUCGCUUGGUAUCUCUAGAAGAUCUUGCAACUGCAAAAGAAGCAGAGGUUCUGUGGGUACUUCAGCGUGGCGCGAUUCAUGAAGUUCUACAAGUUCAGAUCUCUACUGCUAAUUCCAGCAUUCACCACUCUUGCCAAGGCUUGCUAGGACUGCGUUAGGAAAUGCAAAAAUAAUGUGUGCGUGAUGCAUGUAUAUAAUGUUUAUAUCAUGUUAUGGUUUUGCAUAAUUCAUGGUCAGUACUUCUACUUGCACAUAAGAAUAAGGUCUGACACUCACACUUGUAGCAAGAGCCUAGUCUGUGCUAUGCUUUUAAGAUAAUAAUUCCACGCCGAUUGAGAAUGUUCCUCAAUAGAAACCGCUUCCUGUUUGUAAAGCUUUAUUGCUGCUUGUAUAUAGACAAGAUAUAUUUGUAUUUUGCAAAUAGUAAUUCCUUGGUUGUGUGAUUACAUAUAUAAUGGGAUAUAUCUGUAAUAGCCCAAAACUAAAGUAUUGCUGAGUUCCAUAUGAAGAAUUAAAUUAUUUAUCAGUGAAA